UUCAUGAUUUUCUCUGAUCAGGGUGGCAGACCCUUCAUUGUUAAACGUUAUGCAGACGAUGUGAUGUUGGUUCGUCCGUCCUCUUUCUCACAGAUCCAGUGAACCCUGAAUGAGAAGGCGGCACACAGCAGCUGCCGCUCCGCCGGCCUCUUUAUUUAGUGGAAAGGUAUGUCGUUUGGCCCCGAUGUUUCGCCUCCACUGAGAGGCUGACCUGCAGGUGAACGCCGCCCUGCAGAGAGCAGCUCAGUCACAUGGGGAGGCAGAGGCCUCCUGUCUCACUGCUGAAUGCUUGGAUGAAGGAGUUUUUCAAAAUAAAAGCCAGUUUUUCCCUUAAAAAAACAAAACAAAACAUUGGAUUUAUCAUUUAAACCUAAAAAAAAAAAUUCAAUUGAGUGGAUGUGUACGUCUUGUGCUCCUCCAAAUCCCACAUGCUGACACUUUUUGUUCUCCAAACUCUUCAUUUCUUUGUUUUAUUUCCUUUUUAGGUCUGUGGAAGCGGCGCGCGCUCAGAGUGCGUCCCGUCUCGCUGCGCUUGGCUCCUUUCUCCAGCAGUGAGGGGGUCCCACCUCUGAUCCAGGAGAAACAGAGACCCUCCUCUGAGCUCCUCUGCCCUCCACCCCCUCACUCCCACCUCCACUGUGCACACUCCUCACAGGACAAGCCAGCGCACGGAGAGAGGAGCGCAGGAAUCUGCUCCAAACGUUUGAUCCCGUUUUGUGGUGUAAAGAAGAAAACGUUUUUUAAUUAAUUUGAUCUUAAUUAGAUCUUAUAAAAAAGGAGAUUGUUGACCUCCUUUUGGAGCAGCAGUCAUGGUCCGUUUGGUUCUUGGAGUUCUGUGCGUCGCGCUGCUGGCGCAGUGGGGUGCGCACGCGCAGCAUGCUCCGGAGUGUUUCCCCGGAGGCCAUCGGGUUCUCCGCAAUCCUCGCCGCAGCGUUGACUUCGACUCCAAGGAGAUCCAGAACACGGCCAUCCAGGACCUGAUCUGCGACCACACGCUGGCUCCCGGCUGGUACAGAUUCCAGAUCAACAACAAGCCGGCGGAGAUGCCGACCACCUGCGUUGAGAUGAACCACUGUGGGACACAGGCUCCAGUGUGGCUCUCCUUGAAGGACACCUUCCUGCCACGACCCGGCGAGGCCCGCCAGCUCUUCGCCUGCGCAACCUGGCAGUUUUUUCAAGGCAGCGCCAAGGACUGCUGCCUGUUCCGCAUCCCGAUCACCGUGAGGAACUGCGGCGACUUCAUGGUCUACUACCUGCAGCCGACCCAGGGCUGCAUGGGGUACUGCGCAAAAGCUGGUUCCAGUUUGAGGUCAAGACACUGCCCACCAGGAGAAGUGGAAGUUAACGGACAAUGCAAAGCUGCCGUCCCGUCCCUGCCCUCCCGGCCCGUGAUCACCGCCGAGCUCCUCGGCCACAGCGUGCACCUCAGGUGCUCGUUCGUCCCGCCGCCCUGGAACCAGGCGCUGGGCUUCCAGGUGGUUUGGGCCCGACACAUCGGCCAGAGCAUGAAGGCCGAGAUCCGGCAGGAGUCGACGCUCAAGCCCUCCUCCUCGGUGGAGAUGGACGGCGUGCACUUCAGGCUCGGGGAAACGUUUUCUUGCAGUGUGUCAACCUUCAGAGUGAACGCCAGCUACUCCAGAUCUGCCUCCAAAGAAAGCGAAAGUUUCUACGCCGGACUGAAGUUUUCUCCAGAUUCUCUCCACAUCGCAGAGAACAGUAAGGAGCACGAGGUGACCGUCACCAGCACCGUUCCCAUCCCCUGUUCUCACCUGGACUUUGGUCACAGAUGUGGACUCCCCUUGUCUUUAAGUGUUCAAGACCCAGACAGUCUUGGACAUAUGGUCUCAAAUGUGGUGCUGUCCGCCUGCCAGGUGGAGAUUCAGCCUCAAACCUGCCGCGACGGCAGCUGUGGCAGGGCAAGGUUCUUUGUCACUGCCGUCACUGACUUUACUCGGGACGGGAACCGCCCCAGCCUGAUCAGCGCCCUGCCCGGACCCGGUGCACCCCGACUCUGGAGGAGCUACGUCCCCACAUCCCUUAAAGUCAGGGUCCAAGACAUUCCCACUUCCAUGUGCCACUCUUUGACAGACCCACAUGUUAUUUCACUUGACGGCAGGAGUUACGAGAACCACCAGACGGGAACCUUCGUCCUCUACCGAAGCCUGGCGAGACAAUUCGAGGUGCACUCUCGGCAGUGGGACUGUGGCAGUCGACACUACUCUGUUGCUUGCAACUGUGGCGUGGUGGCAAAGGAAGGGAACGACGUAGCCACCAUCGAUAUGUGCAACGGCCAGCUGCAGGAAACCCGGCCGCAGAUUACUCUGAGGAACCUCAAUAAGGAGGGUUGUCGGGUUAGAGUGCUCGAAUCUCAGCAAGGGAAGAAGGUCACCCUUGUCUUUCCGUCUGGGGCAUUGGUCAGGGCCGACGUCCAUGACUGGGGUUUGAGUCUCUCUGUCCGAGCGCCCAGCGCCGACUUUGGCAAAACUCAAGGUCUUUGUGGAACCUUUGACCAGAAUGGAAACAAUGAUUUCCAGGGCGCCAAUGGCACCAUCUACGGCCCUGAAGACCUGCAUCGGUUUAUAGAAGACUGGAGGAUAGCUCCUGGCGAGAGUUUAUUUGACAAAACUCCUCCUGGGGCAAUCCAAGAGUUUAGGAGACCUUUCUGUCAGUGCCGUAGAGACCACGGUGUCUCUCAACAUGCCAGCAGGGAGACGACCAAUCCCCGCUCUGCUUGUGCCGCCUUCGAUAAUGUGGAUUACACAUCCGUGUUUCCCUCUUUAGACACAACGGUGGAAUACAUUAAGAGUCCAGAGAAAGACGAAAACAUUCUGACAAUGUCUGCCUUCGGUCUUCGUCCGGAACACCUCUGGCUGCACGGCCAGAACAACCAAGACGAUAACAGGGAUUUGGAACUAGCUGGUGAGCUCAGGGAGGAUCUCCUGCUUUCUGUUGACAGACCGAAGCGACUGGAUUCUCUUGAUUUCCGUCCCGUGUUCGAGGCUCAGAGCCUCACUCAAGUUGAUCUCGAGAGCUUUGCUUACUUUUUCCCUGAGGACCACCAGGUGGAACCUCGGCCCCUUGUGCAAUCCCGGUGGCCCACGCCGAGCGGCAUGACCUCGUCCAAAGCCCUAGAGCUGUGUCAGACGGCUUUGGCCAACUCCACAGUUGGCUCAGUGUGCAAAGAACUCCUGGGACGGCAUCUGGAUGAAGCGGUAACUCUCUGCAUGAUGGACCUGCAGCUCAAAGAUGACCUGAGUUGGGAGGGCGCCCUACAGCCGUACUUGGAGAACGAAUGUGAGAGGCGGUUGUUCGAAAACCGCACCUACAGGUCUAUGGACUUGAUGAACUCCCUCGGUGCUCCUGCGGAAGUAAUGAUGGCCCUGCGGUGCCCGGACUUUUGCAAUGGAAACGGGGAGUGCACGGAAUGGGGGUGCAAGUGUUACCCCAGCUACAGCCAUCAUGACUGCAGCCUGGCCAUCAAUCAGCCGAUCGAGUUAACCGAUUUGGAGAACGGUGGACUAUGUGACUUCAGAGUCUUCGACUGCCGGAGCAUUCGAGUCUUUGGCCUCGGCUUUAUCAAUUCCCCUGACCUGAGUUGCUACGUUACACGACUGAAGUACCUGAACAACGUUUGGCUCCCAGGAGAAAAACAGAGGACCAAAGCUACCUUCCUCAGUUCUAAUGCGGUGGACUGCGCUGUUCCAUCGCUGAGCAACACCGCUGUCAGCACUGAAGAGCUGAUGGACGAUAAACCUUACGCGCGCUGGGAUAUUAAGGUGUCAAAUGAUGGCUCCCAGUUUAGCCAAACGAAGGUUCUGACCAUCUACGAUGGCGUCUGCCAGAUCUGUGACCCAUCUCGCUCAGGACUCUGUAAGUUAAAGGAAGGGACUUGCAGCAUCGACGGAAUGUGCUUCGCAGCCGGAGAAGCCAACCCCAGCAGCCCCUGCCUCCUCUGUGACCCCAACUCGUCCAAGUUCACCUGGUCUCUAAACCACGUCAACCAGCCGCCAUCCUUCCACAGACCGCAGGCCAGCUUGAGGACAUUCGCCGGAGAGAAUUUCGUCUUCCAGUUUGCGGCGUCCGACCCUGAAGGCUCGGAGCUUCUCUUCCAGCUCCAGGAAGGCCCAAAGGGGGCGGUGCUCUCCCCCGCCGGCCUCCUGAUCUGGAGGGUGCCGCUGCUCGAGGAGGGCUUCGGAACGAGACGCUCGAUUCGCUUCACGCUGUCGGACGAGUGUAACGCCCAGAGCAGCUUCACCGUAGAGAUCGAGGUGGUGCCUUGUGGUUGUCUGAACGGGGGCACGUGCGUGACGGACGUCAACUUUCCUGCCGGCAGCGGCAAAUAUCUGUGCGUGUGUCCGGAGGGGAGGAACGGCGUUCUCUGCGGUGGAGAUGAAUGCUCGUCAGCGCCGUGUGGUGCUGGCAGAUGCGUUUCCAACGGCAACGGCGGGUACCAGUGCUUCUGUCCUGCAGGACUGCGCGGUUCGACUUGUUUGGAGGACGUCAACGAGUGUGAGAGGAAACCUUGUUUCCCAGGAGUCCAGUGCUUCAACAGCUUUGGUUCCUACAGCUGCGGUUCGUGUCCCAAAGGCAUGCUGGGAAAUGGGACGACUUGUAACGCAGUCUAUGGAGCAACCACCGUCUCGUCAAGACCUGCUCCUCGCACGAGUGUUUACAAGUCCAACAUUCAGCUGAAGACCCCCAGAAGGACGGACGCUUUCCAGAAAAUUUCAUUUGACGCUUCCACGACCGCUGAGGCUAAAGAGCAAAAGCUACCGGCAACAAGGGACUCAAAGGCCGAGUUCACCUCUUUACUAGAGAGGUCUCCGGGAAUCAACUCAGGCCUUAAGAUCGCCACAAACAAUGUGGCGUCUGGUCAGCAGAAACCCAACAGUGCAGUUGAAAGCGUUUCCGUGGUAACGUCGGGAAGUGGCGGAAAAGCAGCAGGAUCCCCCCUGGCUAAGGCCGUCAACAUGUCGGCCACAUGCGCCAGCCGGCCCUGCUUCCCUGGAGUCCAGUGCAUCAACCGCAGGCCGCCGCACGUCGGCUACGUCUGCGGACGCUGCCCACCUGGACUGUACGGCAAUGGGCGCGUCUGCAUGAAGACCCCCAAAGAAGCAUCAAGUCGUCUCCUUCAGCAGCAAACCUUAGUCAAACCCAGUCGAUCCCCUUACAGAGGCAGUAGUCAAGUGUCCAAGCUCCACCUACCUAGCCUCCCAACAAGACGCAGCUACAAGCACCUGUCCUCACCUGUAACCAGAGAGAAUCCACGACAUGUGGAAGCGGCAUCGCAAAGAGGAGCUGGGACAGGACGGAGAGAGGCAGUUACUAUUCCUAAAGAUAAUCCAAGGACAUCUACCAGGGUCUACAAUUCCAGAUCAGUCACCAUCGAGAACACAAGAUCUAGAACCAGUACUCAUACAAAGGUGGACUCUGAGUCAAAAGGAACACCAGCUGGAGCCAAAGUUUAUGAGAUGACUCCAUCCAGACAAGUUUAUCCAAUUGCAAAGCCCCAACAGAACCCAAAACCCCGGCUCAACUACCAAGUCACCACCCGCGCCAAACCAUGGACCCCGCCCAAACCAGCUGUACCUCUCACUGCCGCCCUCACAGCUCUGUCCUAUUCUCUGUCUGAGUCCGACUUCUCCGCCGACGGAGAAGAUUCGGAGUCCAGAUCAGAGGAUACGAGAGUACAGAGGACAGAACUGAUGCUAACAACUCAACGGGAAACCGUGGACAACUCCCCGCCACUACAAACCAGCUCCAUCAGGGAAGGGGUCAGGAGCGGCACUUCAGCUUAUAAACUGCCAGUGAGCUGUUCGGAGAGGCCGUGCUUUCCUGGUGUCCAGUGCCAAUCGUCCAUGGAGGGAGGCUUCCGGUGUGGGAGAUGUCCUGUAGGAUAUACUGGUGAUGGACGGAAGUGUCAAGCUCUUUGCAGGCACGCGUGUGGAAGGAACAUGCAAUGUGCUGCACCCAACACAUGUCGUUGCAAACCGGGAUACACAGGGCCAAACUGUCAGUUCGCGAUCUGUGCUCCAGAGUGCAUGAACGGCGGUGUUUGCAUCGCUCCAGAUGUGUGUCAGUGCCCCAGAGGUUUCCAGGGGGAAACUUGCCAGGAAGCUCUGUGCAGGUUACCAUGUGAAAAUGGAGGUAGCUGUGUGGGAAUCCAGACCUGCUCCUGUCCGUAUGGCUUUGUUGGUUCUCGCUGUGAAACAAUGGUGUGUAACCGUCACUGUCACAAUGGAGGUCGCUGUGUGUCCCCAGAUGAGUGUCUAUGUCAGCCCGGCUGGACAGGACCCACGUGCGAAACCGCUCUGUGCUCCCCCGUCUGUCUGAAUGGAGGUUUGUGUGUCCGACCAAACGCCUGCGAGUGUCCUCGCGGUUUUUACGGGGCUCAGUGUCAAAACGCUGUCUGCAGUCCACCGUGUAAAAACGGAGGGAUAUGUAUGAGGAACAACGUCUGCUCGUGUUUGCAGGGAUACACAGAGAGCCGCUGUGAGAAAAGUGUGUGUCAGCCCAGCUGCAUGAACGGCGGCAGGUGCGUGGGUCCAGGUGUUUGCGACUGCCCAUCUGGCUGGCACGGGAACAAAUGCGAGAAACCCAGCUGUCUCCAGAAGUGCCUGAAUGGAGGAGAAUGUGUCGGUUCCAACACCUGCCACUGUUCCCCCGGGUGGCACGGCACGCUCUGUCAGAUUCCUCUCUGUGAACAAAAGUGUCUGUAUGGGAGCCGCUGCAUCCGGCCGAACGUCUGCGCCUGCAGAAGAGGGUACUCGGGGUCCCUGUGCUCCAAGAAGCUACCGAUCCUGAGAGGCUGAUCGUCCAACAGCCAUCCAACAUCCUGAAACACAAACAAGGUCUUCAUCCAACGCACAGCUACUGUUCAGCCAUCGUCCAGCUAAUGUUCAUCCAACGCCCAACUUAAGUUUAUUCAACGUUCAGCUAAUGUUCAUCCAACAUCUAGCUAAAGUUCAUCCAACGCCUAGCUGUGGUUCAUGCAUCACACAGCAAAGGCUCAAAUAACGCCCAGCUAAUGUUCAUCCGUUCAUCCAACACACCACGAACGUUCAUCCAACAAACCACUAAUGUUCAUCCAACUAACGUUGAUCCAACGCACAACUAAAGUUCAUCAAACACCUUGCUAACGUUCAUCCAACAAACCACUAAUGUUCAUCCAACUAACGUUGAUCCAACACACCACUAAAGUUCAUCCAACGCCUUGCUAACGUUCAUCCAACUAACGUUGAUCCAACACACCACUAAAGUUCAUCCAACGCCUUGCUAAUGUUCAUCCAACUAACGCUGAUCCAACGCACAACUAAAGUUCAUCAAACACCUUGCUAACGUUCAUCCAACAAACCACUAAUGUUCAUCCAACAAACCACUAACGUUCAUCCAACAAACCACUAACGUUCAUCCAACUAACGUUGAUCCAACACACAACUAAAGUUCAUCCAACGCCUUGCUAACGUUGAUCCAACACACCACUAAAGUUCAUCCAGUGCCUUGCUAACGUUCAUCCAACUAACGUUGAUCCAACACACCACUAAAGUUCAUCCAGUGCCUUGCUAACGUUCAUCCAACUAACGUUGAUCCAACACACCACUAAAGUUCAUC